UAUGGCGCUGUAAAAGCCAAGGUUUGUUUUUCAUGGGUGCAAAGUAUGUUUAAGUGCAUUAACCGAACGGCCCAGUGUACGAGAUAUCUCCAGUCAGCAGGGAGCGGUUUUUGUCUUACCCGAGAUUUUAGGCUGGUGUCAUCCUUGCCACUCAGAAUGACCGACCCAGCUGUGAACAGGGUGGUUAGUGACAUAAUUCGCUCACCCGAGGACAAACGGGUCUACAGGGGUUUGGAGUUUACCAAUGGCUUGAAGGCCAUGCUCAUCAGUGACCCAUCCACAGACAAAUCCUCAGCUGCUUUGGAUGUUCAAAUAGGUUCAUUAUCAGACCCAGGGAACAUCUCAGGCCUGGCGCACUUCUGUGAACACAUGCUGUUCCUGGGAACAAAGAAGUACCCCAAGGAAAACGAGUACAGCCAGUUCCUCAGUGAGCACGCGGGCAGCUCCAACGCCUUCACCAGUGGGGAACAUACCAACUAUUACUUUGACGUAUCCCAUGAGCACUUGGAAGGAGCACUAGAUAGGUUCGCUCAAUUCUUCCUGUGCCCACUGUUUGAUGAGAGCUGUAAGGACCGGGAAGUGAAUGCUGUGGACUCUGAGCAUGAGAAGAACCUGAUGAAUGAUGCCUGGAGGUUGUUCCAGUUAGAAAAGGCCACUGGCAACCCUAACCACCCCUUCAGUAAAUUUGGAACAGGUAACAAAUUGACCCUUGAAACUCGGCCGUCUAAAGAUGGGAUCGACAUCCGUCAGGAGCUCCUGAAAUUUCACUCUACGUAUUACUCCUCUAACCUGAUGGGAUUGUGCGUGUUAGGAAGAGAAUCAUUAGAUGAGUUGACCUCCAUGGUGGUGAAGCUAUUCGGAGAAGUGGAGAACAAAAACGUACCUAUCCCAGAAUUCCCAGAGCACCCCUUCCAGGAAGAACACCUCAGACAAUUCUACAAAGUGGUGCCUAUCAAAGACAUCAGGAACCUGUACGUGACAUUCCCCAUCCCUGACCUACAGAAGUACUAUAAAUCUAACCCAGGACAUUAUCUGGGACAUCUGAUCGGUCACGAAGGACCUGGAAGUUUGUUAUCAGAGCUCAAAUCUAAAGGCUGGGUGAACACACUUGUUGGAGGGCAGAAAGAAGGAGCUCGAGGAUUCAUGUUCUUCAUCAUCAAUGUGGAUUUGACAGAGGAGGGCCUGUUGCACGUUGAGGACAUCAUCUUCCACAUGUUCCAGUACAUCCAGAAACUGCGCACUGAGGGACCUCAGGAGUGGGUGUUUGAGGAGUGCAAGGACUUAAACAAAGUGGCCUUCAGGUUCAAGGACAAGGAGCGACCCCGCGGCUACACUUCCAAAGUGGCUGGUCUUGUACACUACUACCCUCUUGAAGAGGUUCUGGCAGCGGAAUACCUUUUGGAGGACUUCAGGCCAGAUCUGAUUGAGAUGGUGCUGGACAAGCUGAGACCAGAGCAUGUCAGAGUUGCAGUAGUGUCAAAGUCAUUUGAAGGACAAACAGACAAGACAGAAGAGUGGUACGGUACGCAGUACAAACAGGAAGCCAUCUCUGCAGAGUCCAUUGAGAAAUGGGCAAGUGCAGACCUCAACGGCAAGUUCAAACUGCCCAUGAAAAACGAGUUCAUCCCGACCAACUUCGAGAUCUACCCUCUUGAGAAAGACUCUCCAUCAGUUCCCACUUUAAUCAAGGACACUGCCAUGAGCAAGGUGUGGUUCAAGCAGGAUGACAAGUUCUUCCUGCCUAAGGCAUGCCUGAACUUUGAGUUCUUCAGCCCGUUUGCGUACGUGGACCCAUUGCAUUGUAACAUGGCAUAUUUAUACCUGGAGCUCCUCAAGGACUCCCUCAACGAGUAUGCAUAUGCAGCCGAGCUAGCUGGCUUGAACUAUGAUCUCCAAAAUACCGUCUAUGGGAUGUAUCUGUCUGUUAAAGGUUACAAUGACAAACAGCACAUCCUGCUGAAGAAGAUCAUUGAGAAAAUGGCCACCUUUGAGAUAGAUGAGAAGCGCUUUGACAUCAUCAAGGAAGCGUACAUGAGGUCUUUGAAUAACUUCAGAGCAGAGCAGCCUCACCAGCACGCCAUGUACUACCUCCGUCUACUAAUGACUGAGGUCGCUUGGACCAAAGACGAGCUCAGAGAGGCUCUGGACGAUGUAACUCUCCCACGCCUCAAGGCCUUCAUACCUCAGCUAUUGUCACGGUUACAUAUUGAAGCCCUUCUCCAUGGCAACAUCACCAAGGAGUCUGCUCUUGGCAUGAUGCAAAUGGUGGAGGACACGCUCAUUGAGCAUGCUCACACAAAGCCCCUCCUCCCCAGCCAACUGAUUCGCUACAGAGAGGUGCAGGUUCCAGAUGGCGGCUGGUAUGUUUACCAGCAGAGAAACGAGGUGCACAACAAUUGCGGCAUUGAGAUCUACUAUCAGACCGACAUGCAGACCACCCACGACAACAUGCUGCUGGAGCUGUUCUGUCAGAUCAUCUCCGAGCCCUGCUUCAACACACUGAGAACCAAAGAACAGCUGGGCUACAUUGUGUUCAGUGGGCCUCGGCGGGCCAACGGAGUGCAAGGCCUGCGCUUCAUCAUCCAGUCAGAGAAGGCGCCCCACUACCUGGAGAGUCGCGUGGAGGCUUUCCUCUGCACCAUGGAGAAGUCUGUGGAGGAGAUGAGCGAGGAAGCCUUCCAGAAACACAUCCAGGCCCUGGCCAUCCGCCGCCUGGACAAGCCUAAGAAGCUGUCUGCUGAGUGUGCCAAGUACUGGGGAGAGAUCAUCUCCCAGCAGUAUAAUUUUGACAGAGAUAACAUUGAAGUGGCCUAUCUGAAAACUCUGACAAAAGAAAACAUAAUGCAGUUCUACAGAGAACGGCUGACAGUAGAAGCUCCAAAGAGACACAAGGUGUCUGUGCAUGUCCUGUCCAGAGAGAUGGACUCCUGUCCAAUAGUGGGAGAGUUCCCCGCACAGAAUGAUGUCAACCUGGCCCCUGCUCCCUCCCUGCCACAGCCCACACUGGUUCAGGACAUGACGGAGUUCAAGAGGAGCCUGCCUCUCUUCCCCCUGGUCAAGCCUCACAUCAACUUCAUGGCUGCCAAACUGUAAGCGAGGCCAGCAGGUUGACACGCAGCAGCACGGAGGCGCCAGGGAGGGCAACGGCAAACGACCCCGCUCUGUUUCCCACCUUAACCCCUCCUCCUCCUCCUCCUCCCCUCCUCCUGCCAGGACGACUUUCAUCCGACUGAGCCUGCGUGUGUGUGUUUGCGUGGGUGCAUGUGAAUGCGUGUGUGUGUGCACGUGUGGCAGGCUGGAGCCACUAGAAGAGAUGCUUGGAAACAAAUGCGUGUUAUUUUGAAUCACAAAAAGUUAGCUGUGGUUGUCGACAUAGCUGUGAUAAGGAUAGAGGUCACACCAGACUCACCUCAUGUUCUAAGUCUCUAAAAGGAGACGCAACACUCACACAUCACAGUACUGUGUAGGCUGUUGUAGAGGAAAUAGAAGCAACCUUAAACAAAACAAAAGACAAGGGCCAGAUCCCUUUCAAUCAGUUCGAGUAUACUGCAGAACAGAAGCUUCACAGCAGGAGGCGUUUUAUUUGAAUUAUUCAGACAUGCUGCUUUGAGAAUGGAUAGCUGGUUUAUUGUGAUGCACUGGGAGCUGUAGAAGUUAAAGAGCUCCAUGAAGGUCUUCUCAUUUAUUUGUCGGACUGGUUUGUUUUCCAUGUAACUCUCUGAAGCACACGACUCCCUCAAAUGGAUUAUUUUAUUCAAAUUGAUGCAUUUCUUAAGAAUAUCUGCUCUAGAGUUCUGGUUUUAAUCCUCACAGGUUUUGAAAUGUUGCUUGUAAAGUGGUAAAAUGUUGGGACCCUUUGAGGAGCUGUUUGAAAUUGCUAAUCACAGAGAGCCAUGCCCACAACAGUUGUUUUUAUUUUCAGUAUUUUUUUUUAAUUGCAUUUUACAGUAGUAUGUAAUUCAGAUACCUCAGGGGUACCUAUAUGCUGUUUUUUUAACAUUCAAUUUUACUAGUGAUCGAUUCAAAAUAAAAACACUUUUAUCAAUCUGUCAUUAGUACUUUGUUCACAUCACUAAAUGUGAUCAAAUCCUUAUUGGUCUUCUCCAAGUUAUUUUUGUAAAAAAACUGAAAGGAAAUAACAGCAACAGUAUUUUUGUUUUCAUUUUGUAAGCUCCAGGGAGAUUGUCGUUCUUCUUUCACUCUGUGUCUGCAUGUGAGACUUUCUGCAGUUUGUGCCUUUCCAGGGGGGCCAUCAGUUACUCUGUAUCUGGCUGCUCCUGGUCUGAUCCGGGGCAGAAUCCUGGAGGAUCUAACCCCCCUAAAUUUGCUGGACUGUGCUUUGGCUCUUACAGCAGAGUAAAAAAAAAGCAGCUAGCCUUUUUCUCUAAAUAGAAACUUUCCAUGUUGAUGUCUAAAGGGGGGGUUGAAGAAAAGCUCCAGUCUGGAAUUUUUUUUGUCUGAAUAUAUGCACUUCUCUCACUAAGCAAUAACCUUAAUGAUGCGGACAGGGAACAGUGUGAGGCAGAGUGAGAUGCGGCUCUGCACUGCUGAGUAGCUGCAGCAGCCGGAUCCGCCCGAGCUCCAGCUCAAAGCGCAGAGAGGACCGCGUCCGUUCUGAGCAGCUGCUGGUGUGUGGACAGUGCUCUCUCUCUCUCUCAGGUGCUAACCAGCUUUGCUGUGUCAAACCUCUGCUGGUGGAGCUGCCACUCUGUCCAAACAGCCAAAAAUCAGUUAUGAUUUCAUUUCCCCCUUCCCACCAUAGCUGCUCUCAGGCCUAGUUCAUUGUUCCCUCAUUUGAUGCUGCACAGGUUUAAAGAAUGAUUUUGGAGAUAUGAUUGUGCUGUAUCAAAAGCUUCUUCAAUGUUUUCCAGCAUUUUGCUACGUCUCAGCCUCAUCAAAACCAUUUCAGUUUUUUCAGUGAUCAUCAACUGCUUUUCCCUCUUGUGGUCGAAACCCAAAGACAACCAGCAGCAGCAGCAUAUUAAGUUAUUCUCUAUUAUCAGCCCGUAGCUUGACAGCACCUGGGGACAGUGACAAAGCCGUGUUUAAAAGAAACUAGCAACAUUUACAUAUCAGGCUUGUGUGGGCCAUGCACUGUUUACCUUGUGAAGUACCUAGUGACUGGUUUACAUUUAGAAAAUCAGAAGCAUAUUUUUAAUUUCCGAAUGUCUUGGGCAACUCGAGAGACGGAUUGGCUGGUGACAUUUUAUUCUUUUUAUGGUCUCCUGUGUGUUUCUAAUUAAUAAACUACUGAAUGGAA